AUGAUGUCCUUAGGAAGGACAACAGAGUGGUGUAAACCCAAUGGGUUAGGCACCAAGCAUGUCCUUAAGGUCACACAGACCCCAAAAACACCGAUGGUCUGUCCUUUGCCCCCACAACCCCACAUGACAUUGCUUCUCUAUCUGCCUCAAUCCACCCCCAUAAAUACCCUACAAUCCUUUCAGCCUUUUCACACUCUCCUUACCCUCUCUCACUUACCGCAACUCAAAGCCCAGAGGCUCUCUUCUCUUUCAAACUUCACUCUCCAGAAAAUGGCUAUCCGGAAGUCAAACAAGUUGCCUCAGACAGCAGUUAUCAAGCAGAUCCUCAAGAGGUGCUCAAGCUUAGGAAGGAAACAAGGGUACCAUGACCCAGAAGGCCUUCCUUUGGACGUCCCGAAAGGUCACUUUGUUGUAUACGUUGGUGAAAACAGAAGCAGAUACAUUGUGCCUAUCUCUAUCUUGAGUAGUCCUGAGUUUCAAACUUUGCUUCAACAAGCAGAAGAAGAAUUUGGGUUCGAUCAUGAUAUGGGUCUUACCAUUCCUUGUGAAGAAGUUGUUUUUCAGUCCAUUCUGAUCAGAUACUGA